AAUCAGAAGGCUCAAAUUGACCUGAGACCGUGGCACUAGCUGGCCCUGCUGUGCUAGGCGUCACCCAGCCAAGCCUGGCAGUGAUGUGCUCCCCUGUGUCUGCGGGAUCCUAGAGAUGUCUGAUUGUUCCCUCCAAGAGCUUCCCGGCAGUAGCCCCCGGUCCCCAUAGCUGGGUGCCUGGUGUCCAUGCCAUCUCUCCAGGGUCGCCCCAGGAGAAGGAACCUGGUUAGUGAGUUUGUAGGUGUUAAAUGCAGGGCUCAGCUGCCUGGAGCAGGGGAAAAAGCUGGUUGCAGUGAGGCCUGGGCCCUGGGGGGCUCUGGCAUUGUCUUCCUGGCCUUUUGGCUGCAUUUAUGGGACUCAACCUGGCCUCAGUACUCCAAUUUCAAGUGUGUUUUCAAGUUGCUGGCUCUGCUCCUCCUUCUCCAUCCCUGGCCCAAGCACCUGGGGCCAGGGGCAGCACUGGGGGAAGAUGUUGCAUGCGGCUAUCUGUUGUUUCAGGUGCUGCUGGUUUCACUGAGAUGCCUGUGAUUCUUGGAGGCUGAGUGGGCUGUUUGGACAAAGGGUAGAGGCCCUCUCCAUCAUUCAGGAGAAUGACCAGACUCUGCUCUCUCAGGGUAGGGGAUUGAUUUUACUCAGACCUCUUCUCAGUGACAUGCAUGGGUCAACUCCAGCUCAUACAUCUUCCCUGGCUCCUUUCACGUUUCGUGGUGAUAUGUGCCCAUAAGAGCCCCUGAAGUCUGGGGGGGGGGGGUCUGACACUGUCCCAUCAAUGACAUUAAGCUUUGGGCUUACUCAAGGAUGGUAAAGCACCAGGAAAGGGUGUGGAGGCUGUAGAUGUGACCCCUGAACAGCAAUCCCUUGUGCUCACCUUAGAGCUUCCUGGAGAAAGGCCAGGAUUUGUGAUCUCCUGGAUGGAGCGAGAGGAAGAGCUGCAGGUCCUGGAUCCCCAGGACUUGGAGAAAACAGAGAUCGCAAGGCUCACAGCAGUAGAUGGGUUUUUGGGUGAUAAUGUGGUGGAGACGCCUGAUCCUGAGAAAACUGAUCUGCAUGGGACACUGUUAGGGGGAUCCAGCGGGGCCCUUCUCCAGAGUCCCAAGAGUGACUGCGAGGCGAGCUGGGAAUGGCAAGGCCCUCCAAGCCAACACAGGGAAGGAGCUACAGGGAAUCACCAUGAUGCUGCUGCCCAACCAAGAGCCUUCACAGGGGAUAAGCCCUAUAAAUGCAGUGAGUGUGGGAAGGGCUUCAGCCAGAGUUCUGACCUCAUCCGGCACCUGCGCACUCACACCGGCGAGCGCCCCUACAAGUGCCCUGACUGCGGCAGGGGCUUCAGUGACAGCUCCACCCUGCUCAAGCACCAUCGCAUGCACACGGGCGAGCGCCCCUACAAGUGCACUGAGUGUGGCAAGGGCUUCAUCCUCAGCUCCUACCUCAUCCAGCACCAGCAGGUGCACAGCAGGGAGAAAGCCCACAAGUGUGCCAGCUGUGGGCGCUGCUUCGGCCAGAGCUCGGAGCUGGUGCAGCACCAGCGCGCCCACCUAGGCGAGCGUCCCUACAAGUGCAGCGAGUGUAGCAAGGGCUUCAGCCAGAGCUCUGAUCUCAUCCGGCACCAGCGCACGCACACGGGCGAGCGCCCCUACAAAUGCCCGGACUGCAGCAAGGGUUUUAGCGACAGCUCCACGCUCAUCAAGCAUCAGCGCACGCACACGGGCGAGCGCCCCUACAAGUGCACGGCCUGCGGCCGGGGCUUCAGUGAGAGCUCCACCCUCAUCAAGCACCAGCGCACGCACACGGGCGAGCGCCCCUACGUGUGCACCGAGUGCGGCAAGAGCUUCAGCCUCAGUUCCACACUCUUCAAGCACCAGCGCACGCACACGGGCGAGCGGCCCUACCUGUGCACCGAGUGCGGCAAGGCCUUCAGCCUCAGCUCUAACCUCCUGCAGCACCAGCGCACGCAUGCAGGCGAGCGCCCCUUUGCCUGCGCCCAGUGCGGCAAGCGCUUCACGCAGAGCUCCAACCUGCUGCAGCACCAGCGCACCCACACCGGGGAGCGCCCCUACCAGUGCACACAGUGCGGCCGCCACUUCAGCCUCAGCUCCAACCUCAUCCAGCACCAGCGCACCCACUUGGGCGAGCGCCCCUACACCUGCACCCAGUGCGGCAAGCGCUUCAGCCUGAGCUCCAACCUGCUGCAGCACCAGCGCACCCACACCGGGGAGCGCCCCUUUGCCUGUGCCGAGUGUGGCAAGCGCUUCAGCGACAGCUCCACCCUGAGCAAGCACCACCGCACCCAUGUGGGGCAGAGCCUCUAUGCCAGUGCACAGUGCACCAAGGGUUUUGGGGACAGUACCACGCUCCUGCAGCACCCGCACACCCACCGGCAUGAGCAGCCCUACCAGUGCACCCAAUGCAGCAAGGCCUUCAGCUAGAGCUCUGGCCUGGCCCAGCACCAGCAUGCCCACAAGGACUGGCCCCUCUGUGCCAUCGCGCCCUGCCCCUAAGCUCAGCCAUCAGUUCCUGGGAAGUGCCAAGGGGCCCUGCCCCUAACCUUGGCCAUCAGGCCCCAGGGAGGGAAACAUCCACCCAAGGCCCUGCAGCCCUCUGGCAACACCAUAGCAGCACAGGACAAAUGCAGACCUCAGGCAGCCAGCCUUGGCUCAGUGUCCCAGUGACUGUCCCCAUGGGCUGUGCCCCCAUGGGCUGGCAUGCACUGAUCACCUGCAGGCUACCAGAGGUGCACUCACAGAAGCUGUGCAGGAGCAGAGGGAAGUUCAGGCUUCAGCCAUGCAGAGCUGCUAACCCCUGCGGAGCUGGCUGUGAGAGAGGACCGACAUGCAGCAGCACAUCCUACUGCACAUUACAAUUCACCCCGGGGCACUGCCCCAACCAGACACAUCCCUCUAGAAAAUUGGGUAAGAACCUGUUUGAACGCUGUGGGUCUUAAAGGUCGACUCAUGCACAAACAUUGGCAUUGGCUUAUGAGAGAAUGGACAGAGAUCAUCUAGUGGAAUGAAGCAGGCAGGGUGAGACUAAUUCCCACUUCCCAGCAAUAACGGGAUAAAACUAAGAAAAAGAAAACCUAGGCCAAAUACUGGGGGAAAACUUCUGCCAGUGAGAUCCGUUAGGCUGUGGGUCAUUUCCCCAGCUAGGGGGAUGGGGCCCCAUCUCUUGAGUUAUUUAAAACUGAACUGGAUAAAAAGAGCUUUCUUUAGAAGUCACACACACAAAAUUGUCUCUAAAUGUAGGGAAGGAAUUAGGCCAAACCUCCACGGAACGACUCAGAAUGGCAGCUGCUAUCCAGCUCCAAUGUGAAACCAUUGUAGAGUGUCAGAAAGGUCAGCAGAGUCGGGAGAGACUAUCGUCCAGUGGCAUUUUUGGUAAGAAUUGGAAAGGACCUGCUCAUGCAUGUGCAGUCAGUGAGGUGACACGAUGUAGGCUGGAGGUUUCUGACCUGGAAGUAAAAAUUUGUUCUCUUUAUUCUCAUUCUUUUUCUCUGUCCUUCCCAGACAGUGUGUGGUUCUGUGUGAGAUGUUUCUGUGAGGUCUGUGUUAGAGCUGUUUAAUGUAUAUACAGUAAAGAGUCUUUUUACAUUUUAAA